AUGUCAUCCACAGCCACAACCGCAGGACAAGGAUACAGACAAGCUAAAGACUGGAACGCAAACCAGUACCUCAAAUUUGAGCAAGAGCGUACACGACCUGUCCGCGAUCUUCUAGCUCAGAUUCCUGCCUCUUCUCCGCGACGCGUGGUCGAUCUAGGAUGCGGCCCUGGAAACUCGACGGAGGUGUUGGUCUCAAAAUGGCCGGAUGCGAGAAUUUCGGGAAUGGAUUCGUCGCCAGACAUGAUCGAAAAGGCUCGCGCCAGACUACCAAGUGUGGAGUUUGAGCUGGGCGAUUUGAAUACUUGGACGCCUACCAACACAGAAGAAAAGGUGGAUGUAUUCUUCUCAAACGCCGUGUUUCAAUGGGUCCCUUCCGAGAAAAGACUACCCCUGAUCAGCCGAUUCAUCGAAAUGCAAGCCCCCGGCGGCGUGUUCGCGUUCCAGGUACCAGACAACUUCCUCGAACCCUCGCACGCAAUGAUGCGCGAGACGGCUUCGGAGGCCAACAAACCCUGGACCGCAACACUAAAAGAUCGACAACCGGCCUUGGCCCGAUUCCAGUCUACGCAGGAGAUUUACGAUGCAUUGUCACCAUUGUGUCAGACGAUAAAUGUCUGGCAUACGCAUUAUUACCAUGUGCUGGAGAAUCAUGAGGCGGUUGUAGAGUGGGUGAAGGGAACGGGGUUGAGGCCGUUUGUUGAUCCGUUAAGUGAAGAAGAGAGGAAGGGGUUUGUAGAGGCGUAUUUGGAGAGGAUCAAGAAGGUGUAUCCGGUUUCGGUGGAUGGGAAGGUGAUACUCAAGUAUCCGCGGUUGUUUGUUGUUGCUGUUAGGAAGUAG